AUGGCCAGCGCAGAUCAUCAGAAAAAGUUGAACCUGGAAAGAGCAACGAAUUUUAUGAGACAAUACCGUGACCCCAACUCCCGAGAGUUGAAAAAACUUUCUGCAAAUCAGUUUAUGGAAGUUUGGAGUCAUUACGACAAAGACGCCAGCCAAGAACCGGUGCAUAGAAUUUACUUAGAAGUUUUCGUUGAGUUUUACUCCGUUAUGCAAAGUUUGAUCGGCAAAGCUUUACGAAAAUUUAACUUGGUCAUUAUGCAUUUUUAUAUUCCGCAGGCUGUCUCUGACGAUAUGCUGAUUGAACUAAAAGCAUGUUUCAUGGAAGCAUACGACGACAAUCAAGAUGGGAAAAUCGAUAUUCGUGAGCUAGCGCAAUUAUUGCCCAUGGAAGAAAACUUCCUAUUGCUGUUCCGAUUCGACAAUCCGCUAGAGUCCAGCGUUGAAUUUAUGAAGAUUUGGAGGGAGUAUGAUACUGACGGGAGUGGUUACAUUGAAGCUGACGAAUUGAAGAACUUCUUGAGGGAUUUGCUGAAAGAAGCCAAGAAAAUAAACGAUGUCUCUGAGGACAAACUUAUCGAGUACACAGACACAAUGUUACAAGUUUUUGAUGCCAAUAAAGAUGGUCGUCUGCAACUGUCUGAAAUGGCCAAGUUACUUCCUGUAAAAGAAAAUUUCUUAUGCCGACAAGUAUUCAAGGGUGCAACCAAACUUACCAAGGACGAUAUUGAAAGAGUGUUUGCUUUAUAUGACAGGGACAACAAUGGUACAAUAGAAAACGAAGAACUCCGAGGUUUUCUUAAAGAUCUUCUAGAGCUGGUCAAAAAGGAUUACGAUGCCCAGGAUCUGCGAGACUUCGAGGAAACGAUCUUAAGAGGCGUGGAUUACAAUCAGGACGGCAAGAUCAACAAAAAAGAACUGACAAUGAUUCUGUUGGCCAUCGCAAAGCACAAUCAAGAAGAGGAACCUGCAGCAUAA